CGCUAAGGCACCUUCAGUAGACGAACGGACAUUAUCGCACAACAAGCUCUCUCCUCAAGUGCCUCUAGAAAAAAACAUAAUGUCUCUCCUUCAGAGUUUCUCGAGUGGUCAGCCAGUUUGUGAGCCUGGCAUCAAGUGUUGCAACUGUGGCGGAGUGAAGCGGCCCUGGGACAUGUUCCUCCCCAUCACUCUCAAAGGAAGUUUCUUCCAAGACUCGUUCUUCACCAACUUCCACCAGCACUUCCAUGCCACCGUCAGGGACAUACUGAACAGAUGGUGCGACUUUGACCUCAAGCUCACCGACCCCUGGGACGACGUCAGUGCCCGUCACACUGACCUCCUUGAUCGUUACCGCCAACUUCGCUCCCGCAACCUAAAGGAAGAAAAUCAAGCUGUUGCCGUCACGUCGGAUGACACCAGCCGAAAGGUGGUAAUGGACGUGCAUGACUUCAUGGGCGGAGACGUGAAGGUGAAGGUGGUAGGCGAAAAAGACCUCGUGGUGGAGGGGAGUGUGGAGAAGAAAGAGGGAGGUUCUUCAGUGUCCUCGCACUCCUUCAGACGCCGCUUCUCCCUGCCUCGUCUCACUGACUUGUCAGCCAUUAACUCUGUCAUGUCUUCAGAUGGUAUCCUUACCAUUACAUCCCCUAAAAUAGAGAGCGAACCACAGCACAAGACCACCAUCAUCCCCAUCCAGAUGGAGGAAACUCAGAAUAAGAGUGUUGGUGAAGCAACUUCGUCUGAAUCUUUCAAAUGUGAACAAUGUAGUCAAAAGCAGACUUCUGUCAAUGGAAGCAAACAGGGAGUAAAUGUCCCCAUCAAGAACUACGAGCAACCUUCGGAGGCCAACAAAUCACAGCCCAAACAAAGUCAGAUCACUCAAGAAUCCACUCAGUCAUCGACUUCCCCUAGAUUGAUUCCUAUUGAAAUCGAGGCAGAUGAAAGCACAAAUAGAGCUCUCUUGAGUCAGGGGACGCAGUCAUCGGAAUCCCAGUUAAAAUCCUUGGAAAAUGACAAGAUGUUUCAAAUGGAUUCGUUCCCUGGACACUUCUUUCCCAUCACAACACGAGGACUCUUCUUCAAUGACUCCUUCUUCCAAGACUCGUGGAAUGACUUCCAGAAGGCCGUGAGGGAGGUGUUGGCCAGGUGGGGAGAGCAGUCAUCGCUGGUCGACGACCUGACUAGUUACAGGAAUCUUCGAAGUCGCGAUCUUCGAGAAGAUACUCAGGCUGUCAUGUCCUCGGAGGAUGAACAUCAACAUAAGUUUGUAAUUGAUGUCCAAGAUUUCAUGGACGGUGGACAGAUAAACGUGAAAGCUGUGAACGAUCGAGAACUGGUGGUUUCAGGCCACACUGACAAGAAUGAGGGCGGCUCGAAGUCCACCAAGCGGUUCCUUCGACGCUUCGUUGUUCCUGGAGACAUUCAGCUUGAUGCCGUUACUUCAGUCGUGUCUUCUGAUGGCGUCCUCACUGUUUCUGCUCCGAAGAAGCACUCAACACUCCAGAUAGAGGAGGUCUUUUCGCCAUUAAGCAUCGAAGGAAGUGAGAAGAAGCUGACCAGCCCAGGCACGACCAAGAGCAACUCAUCGGGAGCCACGGCGUCUCCUGUCGGUCAGCAGACAUCCACAGACCAAACUUCUAAUUCUCUAAACAAAGAAGAUCCAUAUGUACUCGUGACUGCAGUUCCCGCGAGAGUCGAAGAAGUGCCAGACUCAGCAAAGACGAGAAAACCCUCUUCCACCUCUGUUCCUUUGAAAAACGUCUCUGUUAAGCCAAAAUCCUUCGACACAAAGGAAAAGGAAGGCAACGAAGGAGAAGAGGAGAAGGUCGACUAUAAAGCAGCGCUCAAGCAGAGAACCGGCGGAGGAAAAUUCCCAAUCAAGAUUAGUGGGACAGUGAUCGGCAGUGACUCGGUGGGGAAACUCGGAGGUGUAUUGUUGUCUAGGGAAUAUGCUGAACGUAUUAUGAUCACCCAUUUAGAGCCAAGGUUGUUGUUGACAUUACUUGGUGGGGCUUGUGCCAAGGUUUCUUCUGCAUCAGGACGGAUUAGGGUGCAUGAGCGAUGCUGUAUUUUGUCAUAUUUUUACCAAAUGCUGCAGAACAAUGACAAAGAGCAUUUCCACCCUAACGGGAGUGUGAACAAUGCGUUCAAUUACGAUAGCGCCUCCUUGCUUGAGUGGAUUAUACUUUCUGAAGAAACUUCGGUUCCCGUUGGUGUAUUACCUGCCAGUCCUGCUGAGCUGAAUUUCAGCAAAGGACCAAGAUCAUCCCCAUUGAGGUUCGAAGAGGGUGCACCAAAGCGCCUGUGCUUCACUCUUGGCGAGAUGAUACUCAGGGCUGUUACGUCCUCAGAGGAUGAACGUUAUCAUAAGGCCACUUCAAUCUUGAGGGGGUUGAUUCUUCAUUGUCUUCUGAUGGCCCUGGCACCGUUGUGGCUGACAAUUACGGUUCCCAAAAUGAAAAUGGGUGGCAGUUUGUCUCAUGAAUCCCACGUCUCUGCCCUAUCAAAAUCUGCACUUGAAUCUGUAAGUCAAGAUCCCACUACCGUCUUAACAACGAUGAAAAAUGUAAAAGAACAAAUCAUCCCUCUCGACCUGGAAGACAGCGAUGGACUCUCGAUUUCGCGAGAACGUGAAGACAUCGCUAACUUCGGCAGCUCCUCCAUGCGAGUCUCUCAAGAAGCACAUAGAGCAGGUUAUCCAGCUCCCUCUGAGGAUGAAGAUAUGUUUAUCGCAGUCGUCAAGCAGCCAGACUACCACUAUAAGGUUGUUGCCCAAGAGGGAGAGGGUGAAGAAGCGCUCGGCGACGGACACCUGGACAUCCAAGCAACGCAGCAGACGAGAACCGACCUUGGAAGGGAAUCAAAGUCUGUUGGCACCGUUGGCAUUACUUCCGGAAGCGGUUAUUUGCCUAUAACCAGGAAGGGUCCAUUUGACAGCGAUUAUUUCUUCGAGAAUGUUCGUGAGAAUUACAGCCAGGCUGUGAGAGAAGUGUUGGAAAAGGCUAAGGAAUGGUCAUGUCGAAGUGACGCCAUACAGAACUACAGAAGUCUCCGUCAGCGCAACCUCAGAUUAGAUAAUCAAGCCGUUAACGUCUCAGAGGACCAGCAUUCACAUAAGGUUGUUAUGGAUGUCCACGACUUCACCGGCGGGGAUGUGACAGUGCAGCUGGUGGGAGGAAAGGAGCUUCUGGUGGAGGGGCAGGCGGAGAGGCAGGAGGAAAACAGGGUCUCCAGACUGAGCUUCGUCCGGUGCUUCCCUCUGCCCGACCACGUGGAUCGCGACUCCAUCACCACCGCCCUCUCCUCCGACGGCAUCCUCACCAUCAUUACUAGGAAGAAAUGAAAUCCUCGCCGGAAUGCUCGAGACACAGAUAUUGGAAGCCAGAAUUUUUAUAGCCAUGAGGGGAGACUUUUUACUGGUGUGGCAUUCCAAUACAAUAUAAUACAUUGUAACAUAUACAAUUUUCAUUUUAAUGCUGUUGCAUAUCUCAUCAGUAAUAUCUUGAACGGAUUCUAGGAAGAACUUUAAUUGAUAGAUAAUGGUAUUCAUGAGAAUAAAUAAAGUAAUAGAGGAAAAAA